GAUGUGUUCACCUUUAACGUUACCCCAGCAACCCUUGGCUUGACGGCGUUUAAUCGUUACAUGAAAAUUGUGAAGACAACCCAUUACAAUAAGAUUUUUUCGACUCACAAAUCUAAGAUGUGGCUGAUUUGCCUGUGGCUUACCUUUGCACUUUAUCUCAUCAUUGCACGAUUCACAAAUUGGUUACAGAUUAAAUUUGUCCAAAGCUACGCAGUGUGCGCUUUUUAUUUCCCAACUGGUGAAAGUCUAAUCGUUCAUUACUGUAUCACUGUGGGACUGCUUUUUAUUUUACCGUUGUUUAUCGGUAUUUUCAGUUAUUAUAAGAUAUAUCUUAAAACCCACGAGCAUCAACAGAAUGUGGUAUCAUCGCUACAGAACAGAAGUGAAAAUGGUGUAGUGAGAAGCUCAGUGAAAGAAACAAACAUUAGUCGAGUGUUAUUGUUCGUGGCCGCGGGAUUUUUGUGUUGCUGGAUACCAAUGUGGGCACUUGUUCUUUGGUUUCGUUUUUCUCCCGAAACUAGCCCAAGAAUUGCAGCCAUGCUAGCAAUGUUUUGCUUUUUUUUGAGUGCUUCAGUAAAUCCUUUUAUUUACGCUUUCACAAAUGGUGAGUUCCGGAGGGAAUUUCGCAAACUACUGUCUCGCUACUGUCGAAAGGCAAGAAUUGCUGACAACGAAGUCAAUGAAGGUGGAGAAUAAGAAGCGAACUGUUAAGUCUUCUAGAUUUUUCCAGACUAAGAUCCUUUAUAAAGGUCAAGAGGAAUUUAUUCUA